AGCAGAGUACCUGGUCGGACUGCCACUCUGAGCAUCGUUCCCUCUCUCUGCCUCUCGCAUUUCUUGUCUCACUCGCACUAAGCCGCCGUUGCCCUCGACUACUCGGCUACCGUCGCCAUCUACUCAUUACGCUUUUGCUCCUUAUUUGAAAUUUCCCUGUCUCCGUCGAUUCUCAGUAUUUUCUGGGUCUCUCUGCUCGUUUAUUUGGAAUCGACUUGCUAUAUUUUGCAUCCCAUUCUCAAGGACUAGAGAAGCACAACAUCAGGGAUUUGUUCCUGUAGGUCAAUAAUAUCGACUCUGUUCCCCUUUCACUUUUCUGUUCGUGCAGCAUCAAGGGAGAAGAGAGCUGAUGGUGGAAGUAUGGUGGUCGCUCUUGGGGGCAGCUAUUCCAGCAGUAGUUGCAGGGCAAGCAUACAUAAUGAAAAGAAGGCAUUCCGAGGAACAAAAAAUAAAGACCGCCAGGGGAAGGGAGAAGAAUCCAGAUGACAUUUUUGUCUGUGAGAGGGUGUGCACAUCAAAGCGAAUGUUGAAAAAGGUAGGCUCUUUCUCAAAAGACCCAAUUCCCGACACUUGCGUGACUGUGUGUGGAGUAUCCGAGCUUGAUGCCUGCACGGAUGCCUGUGCUCGCACUGUUUGUGUGAAUCAACAUCAAGUGCCAAACUGGAAUGACAUUUGUCUUAGGAAAUGCCAGAGUGAAUGUCUUAAGCUUUCGGCUUCACAUUCAUCUUAGUGAAAUGAUAUGAAGUGUAAAUGCUGCAAUUUUUCCAUGCAUACCAUGUAUUGCAUUUUGGAACUUUUGGUUUUCUGGAGAUGGUGUGAAAUGUUUUUCUCAAUUUAUUUACUCAGGUUUUUCUUGUUA